GAAGACACUAAACAUCUCAACUUCUGGAUUAAACUCUGAAUCUUCAAAACAAUUAAAAGAGAAACAUUAAAACUAUGUGGAGACUUUAUCGAAGAACAAUUUUCCCUAGAUGGCAUGUACACAAGCAGAAACCUGUAGAAAAUAAAAAUGCUAACACAGCAUCUCCUAAGAUACUAGUUUUAUCUCUAUCAACUCAUCAGAAAAAUCAUUCUGAUGAUCGUUUCAAGAGAAAACAGCAUGCCAAUAAUCAAGAUGAAAAAUUUUGGGAUGACUUACAGUUUCGAUGCAAUAUUUUUGGAUCAUCAGUACUUGAAACAGCUGGUUUUUUGGGCACAGCAGCAGCAGUAUUUUUGAACAUUCAUCAAAAGCGAUUAAAGAAUAUUUUUGAAUACGAAACAUUGGAACCUAACUGCAUUUUUUCUAGAUAUGUAUUAGCUACACCUCAGAGUGUUGGAAGCAUCAAGUCUGUUUCCUUAAGCGAUAAUAAAUCAAAUACAAGUCCUCUUGCUUCUAAUUGUGAAGAGCCAAAAGAUGAGAAGUUAUACCAUAAUUUAGAUGUAUUGGAAGAUUUGAGAAAACUUCCUCUUCAAUAUGCAGCUGCUUUGGAAAACUCAGCUGGAUUUUCAUGUGUAAAUGAGAAUGGAAGAAAAGCAUUUCGGUACUUCCAGGCUGCUGCACGUCUUGGAUCGAGCCAAGGAUUUUAUAACUUGGGACUUUGCUAUGAAUUAGGAAAAGGAACAAGAGUUAAUUUAAAUCGGGCUGCAUUUUGUUAUAAGAAAGCUGCAAUGAAAGGACAUGGCUUAGCAGCCUUUAAUCUUGCUGUAUAUUUUCUAAAGGGAAUAGGUGGUUUGCCCAUUGACAUUGAAGCUGCUAAACUUUUACUAACUGCAGCUGCUGAAAAAGGUGUUCCAGAGGCUCAACUGUAUUUAGGUUUGGAAUGCUUGGAAGAUGAAAAUUUUUCUGAUGCUUACCAAAUAUUUCAGAAUAUGGCUAACAAUAAUAUUCUUGAUGGGAAAUACUACCUUGGACUGUGUUAUGAAAAUGGUUGGGGUGUACAAAGAAAUGAAAAAGUAGCAGCAGAAAUAUUUUCACAGUGUGCAAUUUUAGGACAUUCUAAAGCCAUUCUUAGGCUUGGGAACUAUUUUGAAAAAGGGCAAGAAGGUUGUGAACUUGACUAUCACUUUUCUUUGGCAUUAUAUCAAAUACUUGCUGACAAAGGUGAUGAAGAAGGAUUAAAAGCUCUUACAAUGCUAAAACUGAAAAUUCAAAAUUCAGCUACAGCUGUAUGUACAAAAAAGUCUUCAAACGGAGUAGAGAGGAAUAACAUGCACAUUUCCACAUCAUCUCCAGAAUUAACAUCCAAGAAGUCAUCAGAUUGUAGUUUUUCAUCAGUUCCUCUUUCUCCAUACUUGAACAUAAUUCCUCCUUUUAUCCAUAGCAAAGUGACUACAGUUCAUGAAAUUACCAAAAAAUUAUUUUAUAUUGGAGAUGAUAAACCAAAUGUAAAUUUUCCCACCAGUUUGAGGCCAAACAUUCAAAGCAACAUGCACCUUACUGUGUCUACAGAAACAUAACCAUUGUUUUAAAAAAUAAUAGAAAAGUUUGUGAUAAUAUCAGGUAGUAUUCAAUUCUAUUUUUGUGAUAUUAUUAUGUUUUAAUAUUUUUUGCAUUUUUUGUUAAAGUUCAUACAUCAUAUAAAUUCUUAGAAAACUUGCAGUUGACUUAGACGAUAAUAGUCUCCCCUCCAUUGCUUGUUUUGGAGAAGGGAAGGCAAGAAACAGCAUUUGAGAAACUCAUCAUAUCAAAAGGAAAAGAGAUUUUAUUUUAAAAUGCAGUAGAAGUCUGUUUUCUUCUCAUAUUUUAUUGUAGAGGUUGUAUAAUUGCUUAAUUUUUUUAUAUUAGGAAUUUAAAUUUUGUUGUUGUACAAAAACCAUAGUGAAAACCUUGUUCUUUUGUCACUGUGUUCCACUUUGUCCUAAAAAUCCUUAUAUGGGAUUUUUCUCAUAACCAUUGGUUGUCGACAUAUACUUCCAAUUAAUAUUCAUGUUUUGGCAUUUUUAAAAUUUAAAAAACCUGUUUUAUAAAUGUUGAGAAAUUAAUAAUGAUGUGUGAUUUGCUGCUUGUAGCUAGUUAUUUAUAUCUUAGAUAUCACCACUAAAAUGCUACUUAAUUAUACUAAAUUUUAAUUCAUUUCAGUUUUAUAAAACAAAAGCUGGAGUGGCCCUUAAAACGGCUGUUUUUGUGAGUCAUUCAGCCAUGUAUGUUAUGAAUAUCGUGCAGCACUGACAAAAAAUAGUUAUCACUUUUAUUAACAGAUUUGUUCCAUGCCUCUACAAGGUUAUGUGGAAGAACUUGUGAUAUGGUACUCCAAAUUUCAGUAGCUUCAUAAAAUUAAAAAAUUCAGUAGUUUCCACAUUUGAACAUCUGAUAAAAUAGCAAGAAAAAGUAAUGAUUGAAAUAACACCCAAUGUUAGUGAUGCCAUCUGAAAAAUAAAUAACUAAAAGCGAUGGAUUACAUAGUACAUACAUAGCAAUAAAUCUAAUUUUUUAAAUGGUCAUUUGGUUUUUAUAAUUUUAUUUAUCAAAAGCUUAUAAUCAAUCUUUAAAAAAGAAAAGAAAGACUCAGUUUGGAUGAAAAUUGAUGAAGAUGUUUAAUUUUGAAACUUGAGAUAAUGUUUUCUGAAAAUUAAAGGGUUGCACAUAAAGUGAAGAGAAAAAUAUUUAAAUUUAAAAAUGAAAUUUCAGUGUAGGAAAAAAGUUUCUGUUGCUAAAAGAUUAAAUGAUGAGCAUUGAUAUGUAGACUGUCAUAAAAUAUUUUGAUCAGCAGAGUUUUUUUUUUUUUUUUUCCAAAAAGAAGGUAUUUGCAAAAGUCUCAUAUAUUUUAUAGUUUAAGAAAGACUGGCAGGCUUGUAGUAUUGGCACAUAGCCACUUUAUAAUAUUAUUUAUAUAAAUAAAAAGUGAAAAACAGUUUUUAGUACAAUAUAUUUUUAUUUAUUUAUUUGUAUAAGUAUUAGAUUAAGAUUUUAAAUUAACAAAAGUACAUGAAAAUGUUUGUAACAUACUUUUAGCAUUUGCAAGCUAAAAAAUUAUUUGUGUGGUUAUGACUUUGGCAUACCAAAUGUCACAUAAUUAUAAGUUAAAAGAAUGCUAAACACUAUUAAAUUUGGAAGAACUAUCACAGAAUGGCGUCAAACAGAAAAACAGCCAACUUCAAGUUACCUUAAUUUAUUUUUUUAACUGUUACCUGAAGGAGAGUGUUAAGUGUGGGUUUUAGAUACACAAAAAUCUGUAAAAAUUCCAAAUUUCAAAUUACUUGUGCAGUUUUUUUUAGCUAUUUUGUGUUUUAUUUUUUAGAAUGAGUAUAAACUUUUAAAAAAUAUAAUUGUGUAAAAAGUUAGACGAACUGUAGAAAAGUUAGACAAUAAUUUUUACAAGAUUCGUUUUUUAGAUUUAAAAAUGUCAAAACAGGAAUAUUUGUCGCUCUUAAUUUUUGUUUAAUUGGAAAUAUAUGCCUAUGUUUGUAGAAAUUGAUUAGUAAGGAUUUUUAUGGGCAUGUACUUUAGUGUAUGCAUGUACAUUGAAGAGCAAAAACAUUUUGACCACCUAAACAAUAACACAUUGUGCGACCUUUGGCCUGCAAAACAGCUGCAGCUCACCUUGGCAUGGAUGCUGCAAGUUCUUGGUAGAUGACUGGAGACAGGUUAUACCAAAUGUUUAAGCAGCGGUCAUGCAAAGUCGAGAUAUUCCAACAUGGUGGAUUCUGAUCUCUGAGGUGCGAUGAACAAAUUAGGUGACCAAGACAUUACCGUAUUUGACGGCAUACAAGACGCACUUUUUUUCCUAAAUUUGGUCUCAAAAAAGUUACCUUUGUCUUAUACGUGAAGGUAAUUGCAUUCAAUAAUUGUUUAUUUGGCUUUUACGAAACAUGAGAACUGAAAGAAACCACGCUAUUGAAACUUUUUUUCCUUGUGUAUUGCCGUCUAAAUAAGAAUGUGUCUUAUAUGCCAGUGCGUCUCAUAUGCCGUCAAAUACGGUAAUUAGAAUUCAUCCUUAUACUCCUGAAACCACUCCAACACAAUUCAAGCCUUGUGACAUGGGGCUUUGUCUUGCAGGAAGAUUCCAUUCCCAGUGGGAAGAUAGACGGCAAGUAAGGGUUGCAACUGAUCUGCAGUUAGGUUCAUAUAGUGCAUAGCUUUCAAGGUCUGUUCUACCACAAGUAAGGGUCCCAGAGCUACCCAUGAGAACGUCCCCCAAAGCAUAAUACCACCACCGCUAGCCUGUGUUGUACAGGGGGCGGAGCAACUGUUCACCUAGAAGAUAGCGUACUCUGACAUGACCAUUGACGUGAUGAAUGAGAAAUCAUCAUUCAUCCAACUAGGCAACUGUCUUCCACUUAUCCGUGGUCCAGUCUCAGUGUUCGCAGGCUCACUGUAGCCGUAGUUGACUAUGAUGCUUGGUCAACAGAGGCAGAUGAGUGGAACGUCUGCUGUGAAAUCCGAUAUCCAACAGUGUCCACUGAACUGUGUGUUCUGAAACACUUGCAUUUGGACCUGCGUUGUAUUGGCCUGCCAUCUGAGCCAUUGUCUGGUGCCAGUUUUGCUGUGCUAAGCGGGACAGUCUCCCAACAUCCUUUUUCUUUGAUGACAUGUAGACAUCCAAUACCUUGAUGUCUAAUGCUGGUUUCACCAUCAUUUAUUCAUUUUGCAUAAAUACUUUCAACAGCAGAUCCCGAAUUUAUCAGUUGUAUAGUUUCAGAGUUACUCAUUCCAAGUUUUCAGGCCAUUGCAAUCUGCCCUCUAAAUUCGCUUAGACCAGCAACCUUUCCCAUCAUUCACAAAAGUGCUAGAAUGAUUCCUAAAGUUCUCUAGCAGUAUUCUAAUACCAUUCCUACUUAACAUGUUGACCGCCCAACACGAGAUAACUUGUGGUAGCACUUUUCUUCAUGAUGCCCAAUACGAGUUAUCUCAUAGUUUCUCAACUUGUCACUUUUGUGCAGCUACAAGUUACUUACUUACUUAGCACUUGUUUUAGCUGUACCGAGGCGACAAGUCGAAGCAUGUCUGUAUGAAUCAACUCGUAGUAGGCUUCUGCGAAGAACUUUGUCUAACAAAAGCCAACUACAAGAUAAUUUGUAGGACCUUUUUUUCUAAAAAAAAAAAAAAAAAAAAAAAAUAUCCUGUAAACUUUUUAAUGAUUGUUACAAAUCAUAAUUAGUAUUUUUAAUAAUAUAACAUGAUUAAAUCAAUUUGGCUUCUCGGACCGGAAUCCGAAAAUUGCUGUGGCAGUCAUGUCAUAAUUUGUACUCCACAUCAUCGGGAUGAGUUCAUUGAAAAGUGUGAGGAUGGUUAUAAUGUUUUGGCUCAUCAGUGUAUGUAUAUAUAUAUAUAUAUAUAUUUGUGAUGAUUUGAAAAUGUUGAAUUGUAAUAGAAGAGUAAACUUGCAUAUGUGGCAGAAUUUAUUAUUUGCUUUUUAUUCUGAUUAACCAAACAGUUUCAUUCGUGAAAAUAAAUUGCAUCAAUAAUUAUGCCUGUUCGUGAAAUUUUAAUUUUUUAAGACGGCAGACGUUAGCAGAUCUAACUAAUGACAGAAGCAGAAAGUGAGUGUGGUAUAUCUAAGGUGAAAUCUUUGCUCAGAAUGAAUUGGUUUUAGUUUCAAUUUAAUUUCUGUUGGUUAAUUUUAAGGGUCUAAAAUUAUUGUUGACUGAAAAUUUAUGCAAGUUAUUUGCAUUAGAGCGUUAUGUAAGAAUCAUAUAAUGACUAUUAAUUUUGAAGUGACACAGUUCAGACAAAUUUAUUAUAAACAAUUACUAUUUUUAGAACAAAGUGGGGAAAUGCCGAAGUUAAAAUAGAGAUUUAAAGGAUUAUUUUAUAUUAAAAUUAUUAUUUUGAAUUAAAUAUUUUUAUCUGACUUAUAUUUUCUGAUACACUCAUUGAGGAAUAAAUUGGCACUGAUUAAAAUGAAAUUGAAAUGAGAUAAAAAUAUUUUAGGCCAAGUUGAUUUUAUAUUUGUUUAUAAACAUGGUUUCAAUGUGCAAGCCUAAAAUAUUAUUAUCGUAUUUUAACUAUAAAUACUCAAAUUGUGUCUAUCAAAGAUAUAAUGUUACAAUAGUUAACAAGAGUAUAUAUUCUGUUAGCAGCAUGCAGUUAUUAGUAUUUGUAUAGGUAUUUUGUGACAAAACAGAAACUUUUGUUUUCACUUUCUUAAAUUCAAUAUCUUAUAUUUUGGUAAAUUGAAUUUCUACAUAAGAAUUUUUUCUCUCUUUUUAGAGAUGGGCUGAUUUAAAUUAUCUUCUGUUUUGCAGUAUUUAUGAGAUUACAAUUCAUAUUGUGAUUUUUUGUCGUGUAUGUUCUUCGUUUUUUAAAUUCAUGCUAUAUUCUCCAUUUAUAUAUUACACAUCUUUUGCAUUUUAACCUUCUGAACCUGUGAGGUGACUGUUAGUUGUCACUCAGUAUAAUACCAUAGAGUGACUGGAAGUAGUCAUCUCUUAAGUAUAAGAGGUUAAUUGAUUUUUAUCAUUUCUUAAAAAGCACAAAACCGUAAGAAAUUGAUGUUUCCUAUUGGAAAAACAAUACUGCUGUAUUUAUGAUACCAUUUUUAUAAUGUAUAUGUGCUGCAUGUAUAAACUUGCUUUAUCUUUGUACUUAAAUCAAAGCAUUUUCAUGUCAUUUUAUAAUAAAUAGUUGGAACAAA